CUUCGUGCGGGUCUCCAGUUUGAAGGACCAGAUGCUCCCUUGUAUGAGGUCACCCUGACAGCUUCUCUGGGGACAGUGAACACCCUUGCUGACAUCCCAGACAGAGUGGUGCAGGGCAGAGGCCAGAAGCAGCUGACCACUUCGACCAGUAACUGGAAGCUUUUGAAUUUCAUACUCCAGCAUGUGACAUACACAAGCACAGAGUACCAGCACUGCAGGGUGGGUGUGAUGAGUCUGGAGUCCAAGUCCUCAGUGGCCAAGUUUCCAGUGACCAUCCGCCUUCCUGUUAUGCCCAAGUUAUAUGACCCUGGACCAGAGAGGAAGCUCAGAGACCUGGUGAGCAUUGCCACCAAAACUUUCCUCCAUCCCCACAAGCUCAUGACCAUGCUCCAGAGCAUUCGUGAGUAUUACCCAGACUUGGCCGUGAUCGUGGCUGAUGACAGCAAGGAGCCCCUGAAAAUUAAUAACAACCACGUGGAAUAUUACACCAUGCCUUAUGGGAAGGGUUGGUUUGCUGGUAGGAACCUGGCCAUAUCUCAGGUCACCACCAAAUACGUUCUCUGGGUGGACGAUGACUUUCUCUUCAACGACAAGACCAAGAUUGAGGUGCUGGUGGAUGUCCUAGAGAAGAUGGAACUGGACGUGGUAGGCUUCAGUGUGCUUGGAAACGUGUUCCAGUUUAAGCUGUUCCUGGAGCACAGUGAGAAUGGGAGCUGUCUGCACUGGCAGUCAGGAUCUUUCCGGCCCCUGGAUGGCUUCCCCAGCUGCGUGGUGACCAGUGGUGCUGUCAGCUUCUUCCUGGCCCACACAGAACGGCUCCAAAGAGUUGGCUUCGACCCCCGCCUGCAGCGAGUGGCUCACUCAGAGUUCUUUAUUGAUGGGCUCGGGAGCCUGCUCGUGGGGUCCCGCUCAAAUGUGAUUGUAGGUCACCAGCCCCGUUCUCCGGUGACGGACCCAGAGCUGGCAGCCCUGGAGAAGAGCUACAACGCAUACUGGACCAACACCAAAGCUCAGGUCUAGUUCAAGCUGGCUCUCCACUACUUUAAGAACCAUCUCCAGUGUGCCACAUAA